GUGAAAUCUUUUGGAUAAUAUUGUGGAUAACAUUAACAGAUCUUUAAUCAUAAGCAAUGAAUAGAAAUGUGAAGUUAGUUAUAGUGAUUGUAGUUCUAAUGGCUGCAUGUGUUGUGAGUCAAGGGGGAGAACAGACACAAAAUAUGGGUGCAUCUGGUGGUCGACCUCAGGGCUCGCAAAUGGGUGGUGCGAUGGGCAGUGCGGGAGACAAGGAGGACAGGGAGGACAGGGCAGAGGGCAGAGGAGAAGAAGUGGCGGUCAGAAUCAAAUGCAAGGGGGCGGCGGAGGAUAUGGCGGACAAGGCGGUCGACAAGGUGGUGCACAGGGAGGCGCACAAGGAGGUGGUGAAGGAGGUGCUGCUGAAUAAACAGAAUAAUAAUAUUUAA